AUGGUGGCGCGAUGGGAUCCGCUGCUAGGAGAACAUGGCGGGGGAGUGAAGGGAGCAGCCAGCGGCGCCCGGUGUUGUUACCCGAGCGGGGACCGCCCCCUUCCGCCCCUUAGCCAAUAGCCGCUCGAGGACGGCGAGAGCGGCGCGCCUCUCCGGCGGGCUCCACCAAUCGCGGCGAAACACCCGCCCCCCGGCCAAUCAGAAACGACACAAACACUCGGGGCCGCGCCCUCUUCCGCAGGCCGACCAAUCCGGGCGGACACAAACAGCGGGCACGCCCCAGUCUCCGAGUCACGGGCCCGCAGUGCGAAGCGGCAGGAGGGGAGGGGCGGGUCUCCUGCCGACAGCCGCCGGCCAAUCGGGAGGCGCACAAACAGCCUCGGUCACGCCCCCCGCGCCCCUCGUGCCAAUCGAAGGGGAGGUAAACAGGCGGCGGCGCGCCCCCUGCUGGGCGGCGGCGGCGCGCUGGCGGGCAGGCACGCGUCGCCCGCCAUGGAGGUGCCGGGCCCGCGGCCCGCCGGGCUCCCGGCGGAGGAGGAGGGACCGGGCCGUGAAGCGGCGGCGGGGCGGCGGAGCCUGGAGGCGCUGAGCCUAGCCGCUAACGGCAGCGGGGCGGCGGCGGCGGGGCGGCAGGUGGCGGAGGGGCGGCGGGCGACGUUGGCGAGCGCCCUGGAGCUGGAGGGGACGGUGCUGCGCGAAGGGCCCCUCACGCAGUUCGUGGCCAACAACCUGGAGCGGCGGAUCCGGUUGAGCGGCGCUCCGAGGGGCGAACCGGCGGCGGCGGGAGGGGGAGCGGGGAGCGGCGGUAGCUCCAUCCCCGCCAUAGACCCCGGGGCGCUGCAGGAGGUGGUGGCCCUGGCUGGGCAAGUGGCGGCCCAGGUGGACGAGCUGCUGCGGAACGUGCACUGCGGGCUGCAGGCCCUGACGGCCCUCAGCGUGGGCUGCAUCCAGACCUACCGCGACGGGGUGGAGAGCCUGGGCGAGGCGGCCGACCUCAGCAUCCGCGCCAUGUACGCCCUGGUGGCCCGCUGCGAGGAGCUGGACCGCGCCAUGCAGCCCGUGCCCGCCCUGGCCAAGCGUAUCCGCGACAUGAAGGGCACCCUGGAACGGCUGGAGGGGCUCUGCAAAUAACGCCGCCCUUCCCCUGCCCCGACCGGUGCCACCGGGGCUGCAAAACCGGGCCCCAGACCGGUGCCACCGACGCCGCCCGCUUGGGCCUUGGUUGGGUGAUGGAGCGGGGCUCGGCUCGGCUGAUGGGCUCCCCCGGGGGCUGCUGCCCUCCCUCUCCGGUAGCCCCGGUACCAGAGC